GCAGCACUGAAUCUUGGACCAAUAUUGGUUGGUCGUAGGAAGGACUGGUCCAAUAUUGGACCAACUUUGCCAAUGCCCAGCCAGUAAUGGUUUUAGCAUGGAAAUAUUGGUCCAACAUUGCCCAUUACCAGCCUAUGUUGGCUAUAAACGGGCAAUGUUGGCCCAUGAUUGUCAAUAACGAGCCUAUAUUCGCUGGAAGCUUGGAACGGCGGCAUCACAUAGCCCCCAUACAACUCACAUUCGGCCAAUAUUGUUAUUUUGUUGGCAAUACAGAAAGAAUGUUGCCCUUCAAGAAUCCUUCCAGUUACAAUAUCGGAAGUAGACGGGCAAUACAUAACUGAUAUUCCAGAUGAAAUGCCAAUAUCAGCAUUCGGUUGGAAAUGUUUGCCGUAUAUUGGCACUGCAAACUGGCUGCAUUUUUUAGGGGCACUGCUUUUUUUUUUUUUUUGCAUUUGUGCUCUGCAAAUUGGCCAAUGUAUGAACGUUGAUCACCUAUAGAGAGCAGUUACGGGACGAUGUUUUUAGUGAGACCUUCUAGCUGUACGCAGACCUUUAUUUCAUCUCGAAGAUACCCCCAGAGGACGUUUUGCUUGCAUUCAAUUGAUUCCUACUAUAGUAACAUUUUCCACGGUUGUAACAAGAAAUAAAUAAUAUCCCACUUUACUGCUGUCAAAAUAUUGUAGCAACAGAGAUAUUAGAACAAACGAGCAAACAAUCCGCAAAGAAUCGACAGAAAUAAGCUCAUUUGAGUCACUGAGUUUAUUACUUUUAUAUCAUAUCUAUCUAUCUGUGCGAUUCAAACUCAGGGCUGUCUAUGAAAUCAAUCAAACAAGUGUUGAAACUAACAAAGGAGUACACUUCGUCCUUUAAACGCGUACAGUGUGCUUUCCAUUAAAUUAUGUUAGCUGUGAACCACAGGAAGUACUACAUAGUCCUCCUCAUAUGGCAAACAUAUGUACUGCGUAGCUUUCAAUAGUUCUUCCACAGUAUAGCAUUCUGAGGUAAUUCUGCAGAACCUGUAAAUGUCCAUCUUGCCCGAUCGGAGCGGUGUCGAAAAAAAAUCUGUCCUCCCCGACAGCACUUUGACAUCAGCAUGGUUCCCCUCAACUUUCUGAACAACAAUGAACUUUCUUUCAAUGUAGUAGCAGUACCCUACCCGAACAGUGUACUUUCGUGCAGAAGAUCGACUGCGCAUGCCCUCAGACAGCCUUCUGCUGACUUGCGAGAGCGGUCUGUUGCCGGACCUAAGGAACCUUUUAAGUUUACCUAGGAAGCUCUCAAAAGGAAAGGCGCUGAAGCAGUCCAGCGCACCAUGGACAGCGCUAUCAUCUGCCAGGUGGCAGAGAGAGUGAACGUUGUACACCAUAUUUACAGCACCGUAAAUAUCAUGAAAGGCUUGCGUAAAGUUCUUCAGCAGGGCACCUGCGUAGGUGUUGUGCUGGUCAUACAUUUGUGGUGAGCACAAAACCCGUAUUGCGACAUGCAAUUGCAGAAAAUGUUCAUACUGUUCUUUUGGAAGCAAAUUCUUCAGUACAACAGGUCCCAGAUACAACAGAAAGGUCCGGAACUCGGUGGCUUUCCAGCGCUCCAGUUCCGUGAUCCCUCUGGGCUUCCGCUGAAACGUCGAUGGAAAGGAAUGCGAACACUGCACCAAGUGGCGUGUCAGCAAGUUACACAAUGUGGAACCGAUGCAGUGCGGACGGUUUCCACGAACCCAUAUCAACAGCAUUUUGCGCAUCACACCCAAGCAUACGAGAUGCAUGUACUCUGCCGGGAAAAGAUGAAUUAUGUCAUGUUGAAGAGACAAAAACGGCGACACACCCAAGUGAUGUUCUUGCUGCUGACAUUCACGGAAUGCUCUGUCAGUCCGUUUCGGUGCAUUCACUUCUGGAAAGGUGACCCUUCUGUCAACGUACACUCCCCUCUGCACACACUUCUCACAUCCGUAAUAACCUGUAUGUGAUUUUAUCCUCUUCAAAAGGCUUCUUGCUGGUGCAUCGCAGAUCACUGCGGUAAGCUGUACAGAAACGUUAAUACCUUUGUGCACGAACCCUUCGUCUUCUAGUUUGGUGAGCUCUGCUAUGAAGGGUCGUACAAAUUCGUCUAUGUUCUCAGGCUUGCCAUUACCGCAGUGUAGGCUCACAAUAAAUGGUUCCGUGUUUGCAUAGUUGGUAAUUCUGCACAAUAUUGGCCAGAAUGUUUUACUUGAACUUUUGAACAACGGUAAUCCGUCAAUAUUUGCCUGCAGCUGUAUAGAAGUGGGAAUGUUGUGGACCAAGAUUUCUCUCAAACCCUUUACAAGACCAAAAUGUACAAAAGUUCCUUCCUCAUUCACGUUUGCCUUUCUCUCGGUGUUCAGUAUCGUCCGACUGUCCUUUGGAAUGUCAUGGCCGUGACGCCGAAAGAUAUCAAUUAAUGCAUUGAACAUAGCAUGUGAGGGGUGGAACUCUGCAUAAAAGUUUCGAAGGUCCUCGCAGAGGUCAAUCCCUACAGGUGGCCGUUGGUGCUCUGACGUUCGUGCAUCGUCAAUACUCGCGAUUUCCUCUUCAGGAUAACUCGACGGCCACAAAUCCUCUGAUUCUGCGUCAGAAUGCAGAUCUGAAGCACUUGAGUCGUCGGAAGCUGCCAGUUCCAAAGGUGAACACACGAUGGGGCUCUCAAGAUCUGCUUCGUCUCCUUGUCCCACGCGUGAUACUGCAGUUCCGGAACAGCCCGCAGUAUCAAGGGUCUCAUCUUCUGCAGACUCGGUUGACAAGAGAGCAUCCUGCACUUCUCGAACACUUGCCUCAUAGAGAGCUCUUACGUUUCUGCUUCUUUUCCACUUGUUUGUUUCUGCGGGGUUCAUUUCACAGUUUGCGAAGCACAAGCUACCCGAGCGGAGCUAAAAGCACGGCGACACACAGGACGAAACACGCCACGCCAUGAACGAUACAAAAGGGCUCAAUUCGAAACACCUACACGUUUAGCAGUGCCGCCGGCCGAAACACCGUCUACCACUUCAAUUGUUGUCACACAUUUUCAUUGAAUGACGAUUUCACGGCGGUAGACAACAGAGGAAACAGCAGGCCAGUGGGUGAACGAUGGCACUGGUGAUUGGUGGCUUGAAUUGGAGACAAUUGGAGACGUGCAGCUCGAAGACAUAAUUUGUGACAGGCAAUGAUUUCAAAUAUUAUAAAACAUACUUUUAAAUAAGUAUCUACAGACAGGAUGUGUAACCAGCCGCAAAUAAGUAACAUGAGUGAUCUACAAUACAGCCGCUCCGCUCCCGUUACUGUACAGUAGCGCCACGCCACUUCGUCGUCGUCGAUCUCAGCGAUGUACCUCGCGACCUCGCGACCCUCGAUGACAGCCCUUUGCUUCCGCCUGGAUCACGGAGCACGUUGCCGUUGUCAGUUGUCGAUUUGGAGCUUCGCAGUUGCAAGAAUUUGCAGUGGAUUGGACCGAAUCAGCCUGUGGUUAUACAUGAUGUCAAGAUUUGUCGUGGUGGAGUUUCCUGCAGAAAAUAGGGUGGCUAUUGUCCCUGACACAUGGCUUCUGAACUCUGGCAAGCUUUGUUCAUGGCCGCCAAAAUCCUGGUCUGAUGGCAAAAUAACUGCUGCUGUGAAGACGAAGAAACCACCUGAAAGCGGAUGGUGUAUCGUGCCAUCACGGCGUUUAUCUAAAUGCGCUACUUACAAGCAGGCCUUGCGACGCCAAGAGCGAUGCCAGUAUACGUCCCACUGUGAUUCUACCAGUAAUGAUACUGACUCAGAAAAUGCUGCUCAGAGGACUUCCGCCACCAAUACAUCAUCAGCCCUUCCUGUGCCACCAAAGGGGAAGUUACCAGCACCACGGACACUUUUGCAGACAGUGAACCACAAUGCCAAGAAAUCCACAGCAACAGCUGCUGACGUCGAUAUGGAUGUGUCAGAUAACGAAACUCAGCAAUGUGCAGAGACGGAGGAAAUGAGCAUGCCCUCUGAACCAUCCUUGACUCCGAAUCAGAAGAAGCGUCCUACUGCUGCACGGGACUUUGCAUCCAAACCGCUGUCGACUACAAGUCACCAAGAAAAACAUCCUUCCAAUGGUGUUCUUGAACUGAGUCCACAUGAAUCUGACGGGAGGAAGACACCGCCAGUAACAUUGGAGGCACUUGCCCCUCUCGAUCGUCACAUCUUGAAAUGUUUUGCGGAGGCCAAACAGCAGAACAGAGAAAUAUUGAGCACUCUGCAGGACAUAAAGCAAGCUCAGCUGGAUGUUUUCCACCGCCUUUCACAACUCCAGAGCCAAAGUACUGCAGACCUAGUUGAGGAUACGUUUGACGUCGAUGACCUACGCCUCCCGCUAAGGACAAUGGAGGCAUUCAGAGCAGCUGAGAAGCAGCUUGAAGACAAAUGUGCGCGUCAAACACUGAAAGGGUAUCUCAGUGCCUUUGGAGGUGCCACCCUUGAGGGCACAACACGAGUAAUCAUGUCACGAGUGAUGACUCCUGCCCUGCAGGUCCUCUUUAACAUGAAGGGAAGGAAAGGCUCAAAACUGCCCUUUGAGGGCACAAACAUGGGCUCAGUUGUCGUCGGUGCAAUCGAAGGACGUUCCUCCAACGACAGAGUUGCCAUUGAGCACGCUGUGGGGCGAUACCUUGCGGGAGCCAAGGACCGUGAUGGAGGACGCCGGGCCAGGCUGGAAGCUCCAGCAGCUGCAACGAGUGUGCCUGCAAUGCCGCCACCGCUCACCCACUGCACUCCACCGCGUACUUAACAUAAUCCAUUUUGCACUAUUACAUUCCGUCACGUAGUUAACUGCCUUUCGUAUUUUGGCAUAUAUGUACUCUGCAAUGCUAUAGCGAACAGUGAGGGCAACACUAUUGCAUUCCACGUAUAUGGGUCACUAUGUUGCAUUCAUUAACAUUGUUGCACUUUUCCAUUAGUUUGCAUUUUCAAUUUCAAAAUGGUCUGGAAGGACCAGCACUGUUGCUGAAUAAAGUGUUCAUCGAAGCAGA